CAAGAGUCAGACUUGAAGAAACCCGAGCGUCUGUUUCCACAUGUUGAAGCGAGUCCGACUUGUUCCAUUCAGAUCUCGAUAAAAGUAUACCACAGUCAACCGAUCUUGCUCUUGGCAAGCAAGGUAAUAGCAAAUCGAAAGGCAGAGAAAACUCCAACUAUGCCCUCCUCUCCUGCCGGCGGCCCGGAGGCGAAGCUGCGCCCCGGGGAAUCGCCGGACGCAGCCGUAUCCAAUGCAAAAGUAUCGUAGUCGUAGCAAUCGCAGUCAUGCAUUGCAAAUCUUUUUCGUAAGGCAAUUCCCCAUUACAAAUUUCGUUUCUCAUGCUGAGGAAUGCAAUUAUACGAGUACGAUACUUUUGCAAUGCAUAAGCCGAGGAGCGUGGCAAUGAGGCGAUGACCGUAUCAAACGCAAAUAUGUUUGGGUGUGGGAGAUGAAUGCAAGACUUGUCAUGCUUGGCAGAAUGGAGAGAAACAAAAGCAAAACCUGGCAUGCCUGAAACGAUGCAUCAAGCCCCUUCGUCUUUGUCAUGACACAAACGCAGUUUCUCAUGCGGAUUGCGGAUGACAUACACAUAACAGCUCAGUCAAGAACUUGUGUUGUGUGGGGGCUCCAACGAGAAGGCUCAAGGCUGCGCACCAUGCAUCACAAAUUUCCAGACCUAGAACCGCAUUUGCGAUCCAUAGAUCGAAGCGUUUAACAAGUUGGUACAUGCGAUCGACUAUGCAUCGCAAAAGUAUCGUAUUUAGUAGUAAUUGCAUUACAAAUUAGCUCAGCAUGACAAAUGGAAUCUGUCACGCGGAUUUACCUAAUAAAGAACUAGAUUUGUAAUGCAUAAUUGCGAUAAUUUCUACGACUUUUGCAAUGCAUAUCGACGGGGAGCGAUCCAAGAUCAAGCAGUCUUGGACCAGCGUAAACGAGCAGUACCAGAAGACCCAGCAAUUCUGCAACGAAUUGAAGCAAGAGACAGAGCAGUGGAUCCAGGGCGAAAAAGCAAAAAUCGAGGCGGCGUGGCAGGAGAUCGAGGCGACAAGGAACAUAUGCAUUGCAAAAGUAUCGCACUCGUAUAAACGCAUGACAAAUUUCCUCAGCAUUACAAAUGUAAAUUUGUAAUGCGGAUUCGCCUUGAUUGCUAGAUUUGUAAUGCAUGCCUGCGAUUACUACGAGUACGAUACUUUUGCACAGGAUAGAACAGUCUGAAAGUGCUGGACUCGAGCGAUGACACCUUGCUCAAACUCAGCUGCUCCGGAGUGAAUUUCCAAUUGAGAAAAGGUAUUAUAUUAUUUCAAGCACAGGCGCUUGAAGGAUUAUAGUUGUCGUUUUCGUGCAUAAUUCUUAACAUACACGGGAGACCGUCGAGACGCACGAUUUGUAGUGAAGAUGCACAGGCACAAGAAUUGGUAUUGGAAUAUAAUCUGCACAACGUCAACAUCAACGUCAAAAAUUUCUAAAACCCUAGGUGCCCUCGCUUUCGUCCCGGAUUCCCAUCUGAAUGCGCUGUUUGCGGCAGAAAGCUCGCUGAAGAAGGACGCAGACGGCCGAUACGUGCUGGAUUUCAAUCCCGAAUGCUUCGCUCUCAUUCUGGAUUACGUGAAAAACAAAGCGCUAGCACCGGACAAAAGUACAACUGAUGUUGACAUUGAGAUUGCCAUGCCGAUCGUGAAUUUUUGUUUGCGCAUCAUCAUGCGCAUGACAUACCACAUUUCUGCGACUGCGUGUUUCACUGCAUCAGGAACUGUUUGAAAUCAAAGGUACCGUCGUCCCCAUACCACCGAUACCCGCAGAGCAAAGAACAAAUAUGAUAGUCGUGCACAGCCCCCCGCCUCUGCUUCCCAUUCGAGUGGCAUGAGCAGUAUAUCGAAACACCAGUAAACAUGGAGCCUGUGGUGCAUGACAUGAACAAUGCCCUAGACCGAAUGUAGUACAACUACGUGGAGGGCUUGCGGAAUCAUUUGUCGUGCAGACUGUGCCAUCAAAGGGCGUGAACUGGAUCUGGCUUUUUGCGCGACAACUGAGGGGGAAAGGGGGUUGUGCACUCUCAUAACGAACAUGGACUUGCUGUGCGAAGCCUUGAAAUAAGAACUGCAAAUAGAAAGUCGUUUCUACUUGGGUCUGAAAUGAAUAAGCCUGUUAUGCUGAGUUGUGCUGAGAGAGUUAUCGAUGAAAUAAAGCCGCAUACGCACACCACGAGCUGCAUUUGGGCAUGAUAAUUAAAGUAAGACGUAAAAAGAAAUACAAGUCGCACCAGUUUUUAAGUACUCUAUUUUCCAGACCCAGUUCCACUCGAUGAAUAUUUGCAAUGCACAGGGAAUUUACGUACUUCCUCCCCCCAAACGAGAUGGUGAAGAAUCACGGGACUAGUUUGAUUGUCACAUCAAACAUAUCCUACGUAAAAACGUCCUAAUACCAUAGUCAAGGUGGGAGAUCUGCAACACAAAUCUCCAAGUUUUGGGAGUUCUGCAUGACAGGUUUCCAUCUGCAGCGUACUGCUGGUUAGAAAGGAAAGCCGCAUGUGAAAGCCAUGCGCUGACGCUGUUUACAGCAAUAAGUACAAAUUCCAGAACACGACUGGAAAUGCCUCUCAGUCUCAAGGAGAUGCGCAUUACAAAUUUUCCUGUCACUGAACAUUUGCAUGACAACUCUGGGGUGCGGACGCUUUUACACAGGAUAAAACACCGCGGAAAGCACGCACGACGGCUGGCAGUUGAUCUCGGCGGCACACCCCUUGCGAAACAGCAGAAGAGGCUACUUCGAGGCGAAGGUAUAUGAAUGUGAAGUCUGUGCAUGAUGACAAGAUCUUCUUGUGAUGCCCGUCUGUGCAUAGACAAAUAGAAAGUUAAAGCUCAGCACUGUGACUGUCAGUCAGCUUCUCUAUCGGCAAAAAUGAACCAGAUCGAAUCCAAUUCGGACCCCCGUGGUGGCCUGGCGAUCGGCGUGACCGCUGUGCAGCCGAGUGGUGAUACGAUCCACCAGCUGAAGCAGAAAUUUGGUGUACUUUACAACAGCAACAACGGGGUGAUCGACGCGGAUUGCACGGGAACGACGGACGUUACGAAGCAGGUCAUGUUUAAGGAGGGCUCGGUCAUCGGGUGCGAGUACAACCCGGAUACCUUCCUGGUCCGGUGGUUUUUCUAUGACAGUGCACAACUCCCCCUCCCCCACAUUGGUAUAGCAUCAACGGCAAUACAAGCAUCAUCAAAAGUGCCGGCUUUGCAUGACAAAGUUGCACUGGAGUGUAGUGCUAUUUGGGGUACCAGAACUUGUCAUGCAAACAGUGCCAAGGAAGAGGCAAGUGGUGGAUUCGGUAUUUUGCGUGACAAAUGAGGGGGAGGGGGAGUUGUGCACUCUCAUACUUUCAACUCCCAGCUUAUCGGCAGCUGCUCCGUGAAAGCGGAAAAAACGGACAAGUUUGCGGUGGUCUACCCAGUGUUCGGGCUCUACGCGAAGGGACAGAAGAUAAAAAUCGACUUCCAGGCCCUGCUGCCGCCGAGUGCGUCCAGUUGAGGUGCGACACGGGGCGGGGACAGCUACUUACUUUGAUGUGUCGGAAUAGAUGAAGGUGAAAUUAAGAAAUGCCCUGGUAUUCAUACAAAUUUCUACACUCUCCUCCUUUAGGUUCAUUGUACAAACUGACACCCAAUCUCAAUCUAUCUGUAAAAAAGCUCCAGCAACAAGAGCUUCUAUUCCUUGCUACACUAUUGGUAGUACCCGAUAAUUUCUGUAUGAUGCUAGUUUGCAAAAGAGAAUGAGGAAAUUUUCCUAGAAUCAUCCUGGAUACUUAAAUCAAAUGUAGUUUUCCUGUCCGAUGAAGGUUUAUUGAACUGGAUGCUGAAUCUGAAACCCAGAACCCACGACAAGAUUGAUUCUUGGGGUGGCGUGUAAGAAUGUAAAUGAAGAUUCCAAAUGUACCUUGCAAGUAUUACUUCCGAACUACAAGCGGGCACGCAAUGCCCGCAAGUACAAAGUCAU